CAGCAAGUUUCAAAGUCAAAAUGCUUUUUGCAAAAACAAGCAACAGACGUUAAACUCAAAACAGAGCAAAUAUUGUUUUUGGUAAAAACUAUGGAUCCCUUCAGCACUUUUCUGUUGCUGGGUUUAGUAAUAGCUUUGUUCAUAGUGCUCAGAGGGAGGAAUAAGCCACAUAAUCUACCACCAGGACCUACAGCUUUGCCAAUAGUUGGAAAUAUUCUAACAUUGGACAACCGUGCACCCUUUAAAACUUUUCUAAAGUGGAGUAAGACAUAUGGUCCUGUGAUGACGGUGUAUCUGGGACCCCAGAGAUUCCUUGUUCUGGUGGGCUAUGACACAGUGAAAGAAGCCCUUGUUGACAAUGCAGAUGAUUUUGUUGGCAGAGCCCCUGUACCUUUUGUACAACAACUGCUGAAAGGCUACGGUAUAACUAUCAGUAAUGGAGAGCGUUGGCGUCAGUUAAGGAGGUUUGCACUCACUACUCUGAGGGACUUUGGAAUGGGACGCAAAAGGAUGGAGGGGUGGAUACAGGAGGAGAGCAGACACUUGCUGGAUGCCAUGAAAGAAACUAAGUCUGCCCCAUUUGACUGCACAUUCUUCCUGAGUAGAGCUGUAUCCAACAUUAUCUGUGCAUUGGUGUUUGGCCAACGCUUCGGUUAUGAAGACCAUAACUUUCUACGUUUGCUUCAAGUCAUCAAUGGAGUACUGACGUUUGGCAGCAGCACAGGGGGACAGUUGUAUAAUAUCUUUCCAACUGUGCUUCAUGCACUUCCUGGGAAGCAUCAUCAAAUUUUCAAAGAUGUGGAUGAAGUCAGGGCCUUUUCUAAGGGCAAAGUACAAGAACACAAUGAAAAUUUGGACCCAGACAACCCAAGAGACUUCAUCGAUUGCUUCCUCAUCCGACUCAGCCAGGAAAAAGACAAUCCCAAUUCAGAGUUUCAUCAAGAAAAUUUGAUAGCCAGUGUCUUAAACUUAUUCCUGGCUGGGACUGAGACCACCAGCACUACGCUCAGAUAUGCUUUGAUGUUACUGAUCAAGCAUCCUGAAAUACAGGAUCAAAUGCAGAAAGAGAUUGACAUUGUGAUUGGACAAGAACGAAGUCCUAAUAUGGAAGACAGGAAGUCCCUCCCAUUUACUGAUGCAGUGAUCCAUGAAGUGCAACGCUAUAUAGAUCUUGUGCCGCUUAAUAUUCCCCAUUACACCACACAUCAAAUUACAUUCAGAGGCUACACAAUUCCAAAGGACACAGUAAUCUUACCCUUGCUUCACUCUGUUCUGAGGGAUGAGGAACACUGGGAGAAGCCAUGGACAUUUGACCCGAAACAUUUUUUGGACAAAAAUGGCAACUUUAAAAAGAGCCCUGCUUUCAUGCCUUUUUCUGCAGGGAAGAGGGCCUGUGUGGGUGAGUCUUUGGCACGGAUGGAACUGUUUCUCUUCCUGGUGUCUCUGUUGCAACAUUUCACCUUUACCACACCUGGAGGACCUGAGAGCAUUGAUUCCACUCCUGAAACCAGCGGCUUUGCCAACCUGCCACGCAAAUACCAGCUUAUCGCCACCCCCCGCUGAACUACAACAUUACUGUAGGCUGACAGACAUAAUCCCAUUAGAUAUAAUGUAAAGAACUUCCAAAUCCCAUUAGAUUUUCCAAUUGCAGAUAAAGAAAUGCAAGCCAUGAAAGCAAGUGGACAAUUUGGGAAGGAAAACAGAUUGGUUUUAAUAAAAUUGUAUUCUGAGCGGUGGUCAUCUCACAGACACACAGCUUCAUUACAUCUCUUUUGACCCAUGAGAUUAAUUAAAUCCAGAGCCACCUAUGUAAGUAGCAAUCUUAGAAGAUUUUGCAGCAUCAUUAUCGCAUUCAACAUUUAGUCCCAAUUUGUUCAUAUAAUCCCCUCCACUCUUCUGGGAAGAUGUUCCACUAGAUUUUGGAGUGAGCUUGUGGACAUCUGUGUUAUUUUAUUAUACCGCAUCCAAAGACACCCCAUACAAUUGUGUCUCCAGCUUUGUGGUAACUGUUUGGAGAAAACCUCAUAUAGCAGGAAAGGUCAGGUGUCCCAAUACUUUUGUUCAUAUAGUGUAUAUCAACCAAAACAAAGCUACAAUAUUUGCUUGCUUUUAGAACUCCAGGUCAUUAAUUCCAUAUGGACCUGCAUAUUUAUCAGCAUCUCUGGGUGUCAGUUUUUAUUUUUUAGGCUGAACUGUUUAUAUAUAAGCCACUGUUCAUCAUCAUUAAAAUCAUCAUGUUCAUCAAUACCAUUGCUAAAUUCAACACCACCAAUCUGCUAAAGUUAAACAGCUGAUAGUUACACAGCUUUGUAGUUUGAAUGUUGUUUUUACUCUUAUAUUAAUAUGAUUAAUAAAUAAAUAAUUAAAAUGUCA